GAGGAAUUCCGUUAUCUCUUCCUGCAGUCCACUCAUUGUGCGUGGGCCGCCUCCAGGUCCCUCUUUUCCCUCUUGACAUCAAGAACCCCCAUGUGUCGCCUAUGCCAUCGGUUACGCCCAACACGCCAGAAACCGUCCUUUGGGGUUAUGUGUACAUAUUCUAUGGAGGGCCAAGCCGAAAACGCCGUGGCAUCAACCACACAGUCGGAAACCCGACGUCGAAAGGGCUCAAAGCACGAUAAAACGGGGUGUCUGACUUGCCGAUAUCGACGGAAGAAAUGUGUCGAAAACACCUUUCCAACAUGCGGUUCUUGUGCUCGUCUGAACUUGAAGUGUGUUCGGUCGUCAGCUCGCGAUGUUGUGCCACCAAGCUGGGUUGACCAGAAGCAAUCCUUCAAGCAAAUAGAACCAACGCCGAGGACUUCCAAUGUGCCCGAAUCAUCGUCUUCUUUCCCACUGUGCUCAACAAUGCCCACUGGAGACCAUCUCGAGCCCCAUCAAAAGCGUCAGGUCAUGCGAUAUUAUAUCACAGUCUUGUGCCACUACCUGACAGCCAGUGAACAGUUCAACUCGUUCCUAUCGGCCUUUCUUCCCAUGGCCAUGGAAUCAAAUGUUCUAUAUGACGCACUGGUAGCAUUCGCUUCGGGACAUUUGUCUCUUUCCAAUGAAUCUUACAAAUUAACUGCCCUUAAGGCUCACUCAACGGCCAUCAGCAAUUUCACAACAGCCUUGAGCGCGCCCCAGCAGCAUGUCACAUGGUAUGAGACACAAGCGGCAACAUGUCUUGCCUUUGUUGUAGGAGAAGUCAGCAGAGGCGACAAUCAUGGAUGGUCUGCUCAUCUCCAUGGAGCGAAAUUACUCAUUGAAUCGGCUGUCGUCAAUACAAGCAAGGGGAGGGUGCUGCGUGGUCCAGAUGUCUUCAAGAACAGUUCCGAAGGGCAGUGGAUUCUUCGAAACUUUGCAUAUCAUGACAUUAUCGGCAGCGUCACUCUAAGGAGACGACCUUUGCUUGACUGCGGCUAUUUGGAUGGCAUCACAGAUGUUGUUGAUACAUACCUAGGCGUUGCCACAGAUCUACUCCGUCACGUCGCAACUCUUAGCAUUCUUGACGAAGAAACAAAGCUUGGACCCGAAUUUGCAGCUGAGGAUAUAUCAAAAAGAAAAGCACUCUUCUACGUCACAUGCUCAAAAGUCGAGCAAGACUUGCAGCAUUGGCAAUGCCGGCAUGAUGCCGCUCCAGAACUUGCUGCUAUGGCAUACGCUUUCAGGGGCGCAGUUUUAAUAAUCUUGUACCGACUCAUUCGGGAUCGACUCACCUCUGAGGGCGAUGGCAAAGGUGGAAGAUUCACUGCUCCGGGAUGGAACACACUACCGGCGAAGAUACGUACUCAAGUAUCGAAUAUCUUGAGGCAUGUCUCAGAUAUAUCCAUUGGCUCUCAUACCGAAUCGGCUAUACUGUUUCCACUUUUUCUGGCUGGUAGCGAGGCUACAGAGGACGGACAUAUGGAUGCAGUCCGCGUCCGCUUGCAGAUGACGUUGCAAAAGCGGCAAUUUCAGAACAUUGCACGGGCUUUGACUAUCUUGGAAGAUUUGUGGCAAAGAAGGCAGGUUGCGGGUACAGGUCAGGUUGACUGGACAGACAUUCUGGACGAGACCGGAGAACACCUUUUGUUAACGUAAUUACUGCACCGUCAAGUUUGCUCUUGCUUAGCACUCAGUAAAAAUCACGUC